CUACAGCUUAAUACAACAACUCUCCAAUCCCAAUCUUUUCCUUUUCUAUUACUUUACUUUCUCUCUCUAGAAUUUUUUUUGUUUUUGGUUUUCAAUUCACUUUCUCUCUCUAAAGCUUCUCAAAUCCCUUUCUCAAUCUUCAAUGUCAGUCCAAGCAGUCCUGGGCUUCGGAGCUUGGGGGGCUGCCACUGCUUCUGCGACGGUUUAACGGAACGUGGUGCACACGCGCCUCCGUGGAGCUGGAGAACAAUGGUGUUCAAAGGCAGGUUCUUCUCGUCCAAGAAGUCGUCGGACUCUUCUUCGAACAGCCCCGACGCUUCCUCCAACAGUCCUCGAUCGAUCGGCUCCAGUUCACCUCUCAGAUCCGAUAAGAAGAAGUCCAAAUCGUCCUCGGCUUCUCCCAAAGACGUUCCGCACCUCGGCGUCUGUCGCCAGACCCUGGUCAAAGAUGGCGGCGCCAAGAAGAAGGACCUCAAGGGGAAGGAGACUGUGUCUCAGCCUUCUACGCCUUCCAGAACAAGCUCCGGGACUUCCGCUUCCUUGCUCAGCAAAAUUAAACCAGCUGCUGCUGCGGCGGCGGCAGCUUCGACUACGGCGACUGCUGCCGCUGCUGAUGUGAAAAACGUGCAGCCUCCGGCGCCGAAUUCUGUUUCGCCGAUUCUUGCAUCGUCACUCGGGUUGAAUAGGAUAAAGACGCGAUCGGGGCCGUUGCCGCAGGAAAGCUUUUUCGGGUUUAGGGGCGAUAAGGUUUCGUCUCUCGGGGUCAGUAAUUUGUCUAGACCAGGUGGUGGCGAUGGUAGUUCGGGGAAGAAGAAGGAUAGUGUGAGCAACUCUGAUAGUAUGUCUACUGGUAGCGCCGUGUCUAGAGACCAGAGUCCCAAUGUGCUGCCUCAAUCUCGGCCACAGAAUGGUGAAUCGUCGUCAGAAGCAGGGAAAUUGGACUCAUCAUGGGGCCCCUCUGGAGGAUUGAGGAGUUCAGAUGUUUGUACACCUGAGAUGACUACAUUUGAUUGUGAUAACCCAAAGGAGUCCGAGUCUCCCCGUUUUCAAGCCAUACUUCGUGUAACAAGUGCACCAAGGAAGAGAUUUCCCUCGGACAUCAAAAGUUUCUCCCAUGAAUUGAAUUCUAAAGGUGUACGACCUUUUCCAUUUCCUCGAGGCUUAAACAAUCUAGAGGAAAUCUUGGUUGUAAUUCGUGGAAAAUUUGACAAAGCCAAGGAAGAAGUAAACUCUGAUCUGGCUAUCUUUGCAGCAGAUUUGGUUGGAAUUCUUGAAAAAAAUGCAGAUAAUCAUCCAGAGUGGCAAGAAACUAUUGAGGACUUGCUAAUUUUGGCUCGUAGGUGUGCAAUGACGACACCUGGGGAGUUUUGGCUUCAGUGUGAAAGUAUAGUUCAAGACUUAGAUGAUAGGCGCCAAGAGCUUUCUCCUGGUAUGCUGAAGCAGCUACACACUCGAAUGCUUUUCAUUCUUACAAGGUGUACCAGGCUGCUGCAGUUCCACAAGGAAAGUAGAUUGGCUGAGGAUGCUCAUGUUCUUCAACUUCGUCAAUCUAGAGUUCUUCAUUCUGCAGAGCGAGUUCCUCCAGCUUUGCCUAGGGAUACAAAAAGUUCUAAUGUUGCAAGUGCAUCGAAAGCAGCUUCAACUAGAAAAUCAUACAGUCAAGAGCAGCAUGGGUUGGAGUGGAAGAGAGAUAAUGCUGUUCAACCUGGAAAUCUUCUUUUGCCUUCUGCUGAUGACACAUCAAAAAAAGUGGAGUCUCCUGCUACUAGGGAUAGGAUGACUUCUUGGAAGAAAUUUCCAUCACCAAGCGCAAAAAGCACAAAAAGCACAAAAGAAGCGGCUGUCUUGAAGGAGCAGAAUGAUGUUAAGGUUGAACAACCAAAGACUAUAAACAGGAAGGGAGCUUCUGAUGUGGAUCUGAUUGCAGCUAAGCCUCUGGAGUCCCAUGCUAAAGAUUCUCACGAUCAUCCUUCCAAGCAUCAGCACAAAGUGUCUUGGGGAUACUGGGGAGAUCCACUGAAUAUAUCUGAUGACAGUUCUAUAAUUUGUCGUAUUUGUGAGGAAGAAGUUCCUACUUCAAAUGUGGAAGAUCAUUCUAGAAUUUGUGCAGUUGCUGACCGAUGUGACCAGAAGGGUCUAAGUGUCGAUGAGCGUCUUCUUAGACUUUCUGAUACCCUUGAAAAGAUGAUGGAGUCCUUUGCCCAAAAGGAUAACCAACUCGCAGGAGGAAGUCCAGAUGUUGCGAAAGUAUCAAAUUCAAGUGUAACUGAAGAGUCUGACAUUUUCUCACCAAAACUGAGUGACUGGUCCCGCAGAGGCUCUGAAGACAUGUUCGACUGUUUUCCUGAAGCUGAUAAUUCAUUAUUUAUAGAAGACCUGAAGGGUUUACCUUCCAUGUCAUGUAAAACUCGUUUUGGUCCGAAGUCUGAUCAGGGAAUGACAACAUCAUCUGCAGGUAGCUUGACACCUAGGUCUCCCUUAUUGACACCAAGGACCAGCCAGAUUGACUUGCUUUUAGCAGGCAAGGCUGCUUACUCAGAGCAAGACGAUCUUCCCCAGAUGAGUGAACUAGCUGAUAUUGCACGAUGUGUAGCCAAUACUCCUUUGGAUGACGAUCGCUCCAAUCCAUAUCUAUUAACUUGCCUUGAAGAUUUGAGAGUUGUAAUUGAUCGAAGGAAAUUUGAUGCAUUGAUAGUUGAGACUUUUGGGACGCGCAUUGAGAAGCUGAUUAGGGAGAAGUAUUUGCAGCUUUGUGAGCUAGUAGAAGAUGAAAAGGUUGAUUUAACAAGUUCUGUGAUUGAUGAAGAUGCUCCUCUGGACGAUGAUGUGGUUCGCAGCUUGAGAACAAGUCCUGUACAUUCUUCAAGAGAUCGUACCUCAAUUGAUGAUUUUGAGAUUAUCAAACCAAUCAGUCGGGGGGCUUUUGGACGGGUUUUCCUGGCCAAAAAGAGAACAACAGGGGACCUUUUUGCCAUAAAGGUUCUUAAAAAGGCUGACAUGAUCCGGAAAAAUGCAGUUGAAAGUAUCUUGGCGGAACGUGAUAUUUUGAUUUCAGUUCGCAAUCCCUUUGUGGUUCGCUUCUUCUAUUCAUUCACUUGCCGAGAAAAUUUGUACCUUGUGAUGGAGUAUUUGAAUGGAGGGGAUUUAUAUUCGUUGUUGAGAAAUUUAGGCUGCUUAGAAGAAGAUGUUGCUCGUGUAUAUAUAGCAGAAGUGGUACUUGCGCUAGAAUAUUUACAUUCACUUCGUGUGGUUCAUCGUGAUUUGAAGCCAGAUAAUUUAUUAAUUGCUCAUGAUGGUCAUAUUAAGCUGACGGAUUUUGGGCUCUCAAAGGUUGGUCUUAUCAACAGUACUGAUGAUUUAUCUGGCCCAGCCGUAAGUACCACAUCUCUAAUGGUGGAAGAUGAGCCUGAGUUAUCUGUGCCUGAGCAUCAGCAAGAAAGACGAAAGAAACGUUCUGCUGUUGGCACACCUGACUAUUUGGCACCAGAGAUACUAUUGGGAACAGGACAUGGUACAACUGCCGAUUGGUGGUCAGUUGGUGUGAUUUUGUUUGAACUGAUUGUUGGUAUUCCACCCUUCAAUGCAGAGCAUCCUCAGACAAUAUUCGAUAACAUUCUUAAUCGUAAAAUUCCUUGGCCUCGAGUGCCUAAUGAAAUGAGUCCAGAAGCAGCAGAUUUGAUUGAUCGAUUAUUGACUGAAGAUCCUAACCAGAGGCUUGGAGCAGCAGGAGCAUCAGAGGUGAAGCAACAUGUAUUUUUCAAGGAUAUCAACUGGGAUACACUUGCUAGGCAGAAGGCUGCAUUUGUUCCCUCGUCCGAGAGUGCACUAGAUACCAGUUAUUUCACUAGUCGUUAUUCAUGGAAUACUUCGGAUGACCAUGCUUAUCCACCUAGUGAACUCGAAGAUUCUAGUGAUGCUGAUAGUUUGAGUGGUAGCAACAGUGGCAUGAGCAUGGGUCAUGAUGAAGUGCAGGAGGAUGAAUGUGCGACUCUUGCUGAAUUUGAUUUAGGCUCAAAUAUCAAUUAUUCCUUCAGUAACUUCUCAUUUAAGAAUCUCUCCCAGCUUGCAUCCAUCAACUAUGACCUGCUUUCAAAGGGUUAUAAGGAUGAUCCACCCAACAAUUCUAAUGCCUAAGCUUCACUCCCUGUCAAAAGAUGGGAUUGUGGUUUGGACAUUAGAUCAUCUUUGUUGUUUGUAUACACCCCUGUACAUAGAUAAAGAAAACUCAAGAUUCUGAAACUGUUUGGGGAUGUGCUCUUUUCACAUAUAAAAAAAAAAACAAAAGAAAAAGGUAACAUGUCCACACUGGGGUUUCAAUUUUUCCAUUGUGUUGUAAUUUGAGGACAUUAAUGUUCCCUAGGCUAUGCCCUGCCCUGUGUUGGCUAACAAUCUUUGUAUCCCAUUGGAACUAUCUAUUUGUAGUUUUCCUACACAUGGUGAAGAGAAAAAACGUCCCUUUUUGGCUCA